AUGCGAAAGAGCAACUUCUCAAAACGUUUUUUGGCCGAAACAAAUCUCGCCAUCACAGGCAGCCGAUUAGACUUAAAUCUGUUAGUGAAGGAUACCGGCAAUGGUGUUCUCUCGACCGGCUCUCUUGAGAGUCUUGAACUGGAAUCUUUGCAACGUCGUUUAAAGAAAUGCGACUUUGAUGAAGUAAGGGUUGAUAAUGCAGUGAUGUGCCAGCCACGAUUGGUUGACUACAGCCGCGGCGACGGUGGUGGGGAUGUGGAUCUUCUGCAAGUGGACUGGAAUUUGGAGCGACAAGAUGUUUCGUCCACUGAAGUCCCAUCAAACCGUCUCACAGUCGACGCAACCCAUCUGAGAUCCUGCAUCGAUGUCCGAGCUGAAUUCUUGAAGCCCUCCUUCGCGGUCGAUGAGCGUGUACCUCUCCUCAUAUACAUGAAGUGA